GUGUCUCUAUCCUCUCAUCACUUUUCAUCACUCACUAUAGCCUCUAUCUCCCUCACUCUCAUUAUUUUCAUCUCUCUCUCUCCCUGGUUCUCACUUUCUCUCUCUCCAUGUCUCCACAAGAACCCUUUGUUUCUCGGAUCAAUUUCAUCACACUCUUCAGAUCAAUAAAGAUCAGAGAGAGAGAGCUUCGGAUCAACUUCAUCUUCGAAUCAAUAAACUUCGGAUCGAUGAGACUUUCUCUUAUCUUCAUUUUCAGAUCGAUGAGCUUCAGAUCAACUUCAUCUUUGAGAUUAUUUAAAUCCAGCCACCCAGAGAGUACAUAGAGGGGGUGAUCGGAUUGGUGGCCUCACUCAAGGGCAUGGUCUUGCGGAAAGAGGCGCAACUGUCCAUCAUGGGUUUCCAGAUGCCUCCAGUAUAUCCGCCACAGACCGGGCCAUCUCGACCUUCUCGGGGAGCCGGGCCAUCUCGGCCUUCUUGCGGGGCCGGGAGAGGGGAGUCGUCCAGCAGACGCAGGACACACAUCGUAGAGGAGGAGCCCGAUGAGGACGAGGAGGAGGAGGAGGCUACAGAUCGUCAGUCAGAGACCUCUGCUGACAGAGAGGAGGGUUCCGAUCCUGGUUCUGGGUGUGGAGAGGAGGCUGAGGAGGAUCCUGAGGAUGACAGUUCCAACUCAGAUGGUGCCGGUGGUGCAGAGCCUGUUCCGCAGAAGAGGACGAAGAGGGCCUCUUAUUCCUGCUCUUGAGAGCAUUGGUG